AUGGCUUACAAACUGAAGAUUUCACCGAAAUUAAGUAAUGAAGAUCUCUUUCCAGAAAUAAGCCACUGUUUAGAUGCUGUUCUGGAAGAUGCAGUAAUGGUUCCAAAGGAACAGACACCAAAAGAGAUAUUUCCACAUGUUUUAGAAGAUUGCCAAAGAACCUGCAUGACCAUUAUUGGCACAGAUAACAGAGUAAAAGAACAUUCUCCUGAUAAUGAUACAGAUCUUUCACUGAUGUCCCCAGGGAAGAUUUUCAUGGAAGCAUUCACUGAGCAGAGCAUAGAGACUGGUGAAAUUGAAAUUAGUGAUUUGUUGGGAUCCCUCAGUGAUUCUGAGAGUUUUACAAUUAUAAACCCAUUGCCUGAAAAGUUACAGUGUCAGGGUCAUGCCUUUUCCAUUGACUCAUCAGCAGAUGAGAGCAGUGAUGCCCUGCCAGUAGAGCUUGUGACAGCUCUGAAUGCCUUGUCAGGGUCUGUAGUACAACCUAUCACUCCUGUAACACCAAAUGAGAGACAGCUUAACACUGACGGAGAGCAGUUAAAUUCAGAACCCAGUAUUCCCCAGUUAGAUGAUGACUGUACACAAAUAACAAACAUGAUUGAGCCUCAACUUGCUACAAUUCAGGUGGAAGAAAUAAAAACCUUGAUAGGAUCUAACUUGCAGAGGACAACAAAUGAGCAACCUGUGGGUGAUCAGCAGAGAGAGAAAGAAGUUAUUUCUGAUUACUGGGGUGCCACUUCUAGUGAAAAGAAAAGUGAGGAGGGAAGUUCACAUUCAGUGGAGGCUGUGGCAUGUGCAGAAACAGCCCAAACAACAUCAAGGAAAGUGAUACAGUUAAGAGAGACCUUCUCAAGAAAGUGCAGAGAUCAUGUUUCCAGUCAUCACCAAAUACUGGAAGAAACUCCGCAGAGGAUGUCUCACAGUGGCAGUACAACAAGAAGCAAAGCUAAGGAUUUGAGUAAAAUGCAGACAUCUACUUCUAAAGACAAGCAGGAUCUAGAAACCAACAUACACCAAGAAAUAACUCUGAAUGAGGAUAGAGAAGCUAAGCAGAGAAGAAGGAGCAAGAGAAUUGAAAACAAACUGAGACAAGAAGCGUUUGGUAGGAAUUCUGUAAAUCGAGUUUGCCCCAUUUCACUUUCAACAAUCAAUAGGAGGAAUAUUUAUGGUGAGACCAUACUGCAUAGAGCUGUUGCUCAUCAAGAUGUAGACCUUGUACGUAACAUAAUAAAAGCUGGUGGGAAUGUGAAUGUUCAGGAUUACGCUGGCUGGACUGCACUACAUACAGCAAGUGUGGAAGGCUUUUAUGGUAUAGCAAAUGAGCUUUUGAAAGCAAGAGCUGAUGUUAAUGCUAGAGGAAUUGAACAAAUAACACCAUUGCAAGAUGCAGUUAAAGAAGGCCAUUAUGAGGUGGCAGAGUUAUUGCUUUGGUAUGGAGCUGAUCCCUUAUUAAAAAAUGAGAUGGGAAGAUGUGCAUUAGAAGAAGCUUCUGACCCAUCUAUGAGGAAACUGCUUAAAAGCUAUGUAGCAAAAUCCAGAAGAGAUUCAGUAUCAGGUGGAGACGAUUUAAAGAAGAUGUUAAAUGCUCAAAGUGUAGAGGAUACAACCAUGUACAAGGUUUCCUUACAGACAGAUGAGUCAGAACCAGUGUGUACAAAUCUUACGGAUUCAGACUGCGGAGACAUACUGCAACAGACUAUUGUAAAUAAGGUGCAAAAUGUUUAUACUAAUGUAUCUGAAGAUGGAACUGGCUGCACUGAACAGACAUUUCAAACAAAUACAGAAACACUGUCAGCACAUGAGCUUUUAGCAGCUACUAACGGAGAAGGUGUUUCUAGAAGUCCUUAUAAUUCUACCGGUGGUGUACUGAACACCAUUGAACAAAAGGCUUCACAACCAGAGAAAGAAGGGAGGGUGCUGCUUAAUGCAGAAGAAAGUGUUGAAGAAUGUCACAUUGAAACUGAAAAUGCUCGUAGUUCAGAGAUCAAGCCUAUAGCUUUACAACUCCGUGAAAAAGACAUGCUUCAAAUCAGACAAAAAAGAGAAGAUCUUCAGGAGACCAACUCAAAAGCAGAUUUGUGUGAAGGAGUGUUUGCUGGAGUAAGUGGAACAGAAGGCACUGAAAAAAAUGGGGAAGAAGGAAAUACAAAGACCAGUGUGCUUUCACAGUUUACCGAAACUGAAGAAGUCCAAUCUAAAAGAGCAAGAUUAGACCCUCAAGAGACAAGCCAAAAGGCAGCCUUGUAUUCCAGUAUCAGCAAAACCAAGCUUUCAUCUAAUCAAUCACAAUUCAGUCAAGCAUUAGAACAGCAAACAUCCAAGAAAUCAG